AUGGACCAGGAGGAGGCUCCACCACCCCCUUACUCCGCUGUCGAUCCAUUGCUUACUCCCACCAACAACCGGAACAACAACACCUCCCCAACCUCAGCCCCGCCUGCAAACGGUGAAUCUUCACAGGAUGCCGGUAGCUCGCGGGUGCCCGUUCAGCCAGCGGUCUUGCCCACCCAUUUUACCUCGGCCUCGGCGUACUUUGAGCAGCGGCCCCCGUCGGUCGUGGACGAAAGCCGCAGUCUUCUGCAACAUCAUAUGACCGUCUACCCCCGAAGCCAAGCCAAGGAUUUCCCACGAAGACCGCGCUGCUGGGCUUCGCGCUUCGACGAAACGACCCAGCAGGACUGGGAUGCUUUCUUGCGGUACCUGUUCCCGCCGGAGUUGGGGCUGGCUGCCUCCUCGCAACACCUGCCACGCCAAUUGCGCGCGGAAAUUCGACGGGAUCGCAAAGAUCGCCCACAAGAGACGGAUGAGCAGCGCAGGGCUCGGAUUGCUGCCGUUGUUGGAGAAUGGAACGAAUGCUUCUUCCAUUUCCGCGGCGCCCAUAUAGUAUUCAUCUACGUGGGCGAGCCCAAUUCUACACCUUCAUCUGCUCUCUGUCCCCGAUGCUAUCCGGCUGCAACGGGAUCUAUAGAGAGCUCGCCAUCACGGCAUCCCAACACACCGUCGCCAGUCUCUGCCCAGCAUAGCCCUUCACCGGCCCCUUGGCCGACAUCCCCGUCUCCGUAUCACUACCCUCAGGGCUUUGCUCCUCCGUUACCGUACGGAACACCAUAUGGUGCUCCCACAUAUCCAUCUCCUGUAUCUCCCAACCAACCUCCUCAAUACUACCCACAUCCACAACCUCAACGGGCAUGGCAAUGGAACAAUUGGGGACACGCGCCCCAGCAGCCGGCAUAUCAAAACAACGGCUCUUCCAACAAAGGUGGAUGGAUAUCCCAGCUUGCAUCGACGGCGCAAAAAUAUGGUGAGCGCUUCAGUGAACAAGCCCAGCAGUAUGGGGACCAACUGAGCGCGCACGCACAGCACUACGGACGACAGGUUGAGGAACAGGCUCUAGCCCACGGCCGGUGGAUUGAAGAGCAAGCAAGACUUCAUGGCCGGAAAGCACCAAUGGUCGCUCCAUAUAAUACUAAUUAUUACGGCCGACCGGCUUGGGAUAAUUCACCUAGACCUCCGCCAACACCCAAUGUCCAACAACCUAUCACUCAUACCCCAAGCCCGGUGGUCCCAAGUCCUGUGGCCCCAACACCUCCACAGACAAGAACGCCACCCGAAACGACAAAUCAGGAUAAUGACAAGCCUAAAAACUUGGUAGAGGAGCCUCCUGCCGAGUUGGGCGUUGUUGAGCGUACUCGACGAGCAUCAGUGAGCUCGAUUUCAUCGGAGUCUUCCUUCAGCUCGAUUGAUUCAAUAUCCACAACAUCAGAUCUAGAUGUCUCGGACCUUGCCACGGUGCGAACACAGCUAGAACUUCUCGAUGAUCGUCAUGACCGGACUCUGUACGAUGCUGUCGUGGGGCUCCGUCAACAACUCACGGUCUUGCAGAAGACCCGUCGAGAAGGCAGAUUUUUAGGAAAGGAUAAUUGGAAGGCCGGGUUCGGUCAAAGCCAGCAAAACACUCAACAAGCUGCAAGUAACGAUUGGGGUCGUUGGGACUCUCCUGAGCAGCAAGAACGUCACUCUAUGGACAGACGCGCCUUGAAAGAUGAGAUGCGAUCUACGAAAAAGGCAUUCCGGGACACUCUCCGGCGCGCUCGUGAUGAGCAGCGGGAACGGCGGCGUGCAAAUCGCCGCAAGGUCCGACAGGCCAGGGCAGGCGAUGGGAACAAGACGAGAAAAUCGCAAGAUCAACCUCUUGAGCAACAACUCACGGCCUUACGGUUGGACAGUUCUCAGUCCAGUCAGUCUCUUGUGCCACAGCGAACCAAUUCGAUACAAAUCAGCCCGGUUGCUCCCCAAGCUUCCACUGUCAGCUUUGAGCAUGCUCCGAAGCCCCCGUCUAUCACGGGGACGAACACCCAAGACCUCAAUUCUUCUGGCAGCUCGGCGUCUACCAAGAAAACGAAAUCGACUGAUACCUCAAGUCGGUUGAAGGAUAUGCUUAAGUCUAAGAAGGCUAAGAAGCAAAAGGAUGAUGAGGCGGCCAACAAAUAA